UAUCACUAUUUGCGACAUAAGUAUCUACUUUCCGGUGUGCAUGUCCCAAACAUUUGGUUGCUAGGUGUUUCGGCGUCCUUUCUGUUUACGGUUGCUAGCUAAAGGCUAGUUGAUUAGUGGCUUAACGUAAGCGAGGUAUAUAAGGCUUUCCGAAAAUGAAUAGUAUAAGUUUCAGAUUUGGGUGGAUGCGUUGAAAUUUGCUUGUAUCUAUAUUUACAAAGUGAAUGCUGUGCGAAAAGGUUCUGAACACUCACAUGGGUUCCAGGGAGGCAACCAAGAUGGGUGACAUCUUGGCAACUGAAGCUGAUCUUCUUGGGAUGAUAAAGGAGUACCUUCAAUUUGAGGAAUUUGAAGAGACUGUUCACAGUUUCGACAGAGAGUGCAAACGCAGAGGCAGGGUCAUUCCAAAGCUCCAAGGCAGUACUGGAGACUCAAAGACUCAUGAAAUUAAGAAAGACCUCCUGAGGUCUUUUGACGAUGGAGACCAGAAGGUGUUCUUUGAACUGUGGACAGAGAAUAUUCCCUCUGAGGUAAAGAACAAAGAUGGUGAGGUCCAGAGCCUGGAGUUCUACCUUUACAUCCAUUUCACCAUCUAUCCACUGAGGACACACCCUGGUAGACAUGACCAAGCUGAGUUUGAGGAGAGGAUUUCCCACUUCAAGCAGUACCUGGAGACUCGAGGAGCAGCACUGAGCCAGAUUGCAGAGUUUCUGCCUUAUUAUGCCUUGCCUUUUGUUCCCAACCCCACUGUCCACCCCUCCUUCAAAGGCCUUUUCCAGGAUUCCUGGAUACCACAUUUGAAGGAUAAGCUGGAGCAGUUUCUGUCAGUGACAUUAAAACUGUCCAGCAGCCCACGGUUGCUGAGUUUGUAUAAAGAGGGUGGAAGGAGUAUAAAAGAGGCAAUGCAGCAGUUACAGCUCCAACUGGUUCAGUCAGAACGGCGCAUGGCAAGCUAUGUACGAAAGUUCAACAAGAUGCAGGCUGACUACCACAACCUGAUUGGAAUCACUGCUGAUCUGGUUGACUCAUUGGAAGCCACUGUCAGCGGAAAAAUGAUCUCCCCUGAGUACCUACAGACUGUGUGUGUUCGACUGUUCAGCAGCCAGAUGAGGCAGAGUGUGGUGCAGAGCACUGACUUCACCAGGCCUGGCACUGGAUAUUACUCUAUGAGUGCCUGUGAUGAUGGCUAUGCCUCCUCUAUGCUACGAGCGUCCAUUGCACCGCAGAGGUCCAAGGAGGUGCCAAUGCUGCCCUCACUAGACUAUGAGAAGCUGAAAAAAGACCUGGUUGAAGGCUCAGACAGGCUUAGGUCUCUGCUACUUCAGGCACUGCGCUGGAGACUGACUCGCUCGCUCCCUGGUGAACAGAGAGACAUGGUGCUUCAGGCCUAUAUCAGCAAUGAUCUGCUGGACCACUACAGCACUACACAGAGAACUGUGCUUCAUUUAAUGAGGUCGAAGAACGAGAUUGUCCGCCAAUACAUGGCUCGUCUCAUCAAUGCAUUUGCAUCCCUUGUGGAGGGCCGUGUUUACCUCUCCCAAACUCCCAUGCUUCUGAAACUUCUGACUGAGGCUCUCAGGAAUGAGGAAAAAGACUCCCUGACUAGAGAGAAUGUGCUUGUGACCCUACAGAAACUCAGCCUCAGGAGGAGUCAGCAGACAGCCAUGAUAGAAGAUGGUUUGAUUGGCUGGCUAGUGGAUGAGCUGCAGGACUCAGACUGCCUGAGUGACUAUACCCUGGAGUACUCUGCAGCUCUGCUUAUGAACCUAUGUCUGAGAAUGAAAGGAAAAAGGAAGUGUGCAGAGAAUGCCAAGCAUGUACUAAAGGUUCUGACUGACCUCCUUGGACAUGAGAACCACGAGAUUCGGCCAUAUGUGAAUGGAGCCCUGUACAGUAUCCUCUGUAUUCCCUCUGUCAGACAGGAAGCCAAAGAGAUGAGUGUAGAGGAGAUUCUCCGCUGCUACAGCAAAGAGGAGAACCCAGACCUCAACAGACAGAUUGAGUUCAUCAUUAAACAGCUAAACUCGGCUGAGGAAGAGGGGCCAGAAUCAGACGAUGAAGAAGAGGACGACGAUAAUGAUGAAGAUUUAAUGGAGACAGACCUUGACAAAGAGGAAGUUCUCCAACCGCAGCCCAGAGAACUGUCUGGGGAGAGUCUGCUCACCACUGAGUACCUGGGAAUAUUGACCAACAUGGCAAAACUGAAGCGGAAGUCUACCCCUCUACCUCUACCAAGUGUUGAUGAGCCUCUACAACGGCCAGUCACCCCGAGUUCUCAUCGUAAUGUCAGUGCAGUUGGUUAUCGAGUUGGCGCUUACAGAGGUGAUGCAGACAGUUUGCCUCCUUCCCGGUACAGCUCACGACCUCCUACGCGCUCCAGCAGUCGCCCCAGCACUGCUGACUCCCUGCGCCACAGUAUCGACUCGGAGUGUGGCCAGUUGUCCCAGGAGGCAGAGUUGGACAGGCCGUAUGAGAGGCGAGCCUCAAAAGGACGUUCCCACGAAGAACCCAAUGGACACUCUGCCAGUGGCGUUUAUAUCCCUGCAUUUGCGAGCCAGCCCAAGAUUCCCCGUACACCUGACACAUCAGCCGGCCAGAGCGGCGCUCACAGGGGUCGAAGCCUGGCUCCGACACCACAGCACUCCCAGUCGGAGCCACAGCAGAGCAGCAGGCCAGGCUCUGCCAGCUCCGCAGGAGGAGGGGGACAACACAUUGGGAACAGCCAGCCAAAGAGGAGGUGAAGAGGGAGCUGUCGCCAUGGAGUAGUUCUAUCUCCCCAGGAGCAUCAGGCUUCCUGUAACAUCAUCCCCCCAGGUUGUGAUCAGGGUCAGGAAAACAGAGAUGGUCGAGGAUCUGCAGCGAGAGGAGGAGGAGAGGCCUGAACAAUGUGAAGGAUUGUAGCUCUGCAUGUUUUCCCCCCUUCAGCUUCAGCACAGACAUGUUCUGUAACAUAAUAUGAGGUCAGGCAAUAAUCACAACUUCCAGUCAUCCAGCUCUGUGCAUCUGUAGCCUUAGCUGGCCCUGAAUUUCUUUACUCUCUCAUAAAGGUGAUAGUUGGCACCCCUAAAUAUAUGGAACAUCUUCCAGUCAUGACAAAAUUCACAUGAUAUAAUUAACUCAGUGGUAUAGCUAUGAGUCCAAGAGCAAUUAUUUGAUCACCUUUCUCUCCAUCUCUGACAUAAACACAUGACUUGCCAUUUUCUUCACAUCAGCAGUGAUAGUCCUAGAGAUGCAUCUUUUUGCUUCGCUUAAGUCUGGAUACAACCUGAAGUCUUCAGACUUAAGCGCACUUUUAACUACACUUAAACAGGGGAUAAAGAGUUGAGGAAACCUGAAAUGAUAUGAGGUAUGUAAAUAGUGUGUCUGUGAUUAUCACAGGGUUUACAGUGAUUAAUUUAAGGCUCAGAAAGGACUUUUUCUCUUUGAAUUGUACAGAUAUUUAGUGAUAAAAAGCUUAUUUGUAAGGUUGUCAUCUUGAUUCUACAAAUCUGUAUUUUCCUAUGUACUGUGUACUGUAUAUAGAUUUGUGACCAUGGUGAAAAAUCUCCAUGCAUGUGAGUAAAUGUGUACCAGCUUUACGUAAGCCAAAAAGCAUCUCAUAUCGGAGUAGCUGCUCUUGUUUAACUUGUGCACUAGAAAUGUUUACAAGAAUGACACAGGUCCUGAUCUGACUUCAGGGUGUGCAUGUCUUUUAAAUUAUAUUAAAGACAUCUUAUUACUAUUAAUAUACAGUACACUACCAUGCAUGCAUCAUCUGACAGAAAUGUCAGAUGUUUGAAAUGUUGCAGAAGUGUCUUAAAUCCAACAUUUUUGUAUUGUACAUUUGUACUGUGUUUCAAGUUGUGUGUUGUGUAUUUAUGUUAACCUCUAGAUGAAUGUUGACACUAAUUGAUUUUGAUAGUUUUAGUGGUUUUAAAUAAAUG